AUGGAAUCAAAACAAAGAUGGAGCCCUGCAGUCCUGCUAACGUGGCUGUUAGCUGCAAGAGGAGUAUACUCGGCCCCAACAGCCACAUCCUCGGCCGCCUUUACAGAAAAAACCCAAUAUCCACCAGCAGCGGAAAGCCAGAGACUACUCAUACCGGGCACACAAGGUUUCUAUCCCACUAGUUUGGAGCGUGAGGGCCAUCCGUGGCGCCCCUCUCCUUCUCCAACCGGUACAGAAGACAGAGAAGCACCUUGGGGAAUUGAUAGUGUGUUUGACGCAUUGAGUAACCCCAAGGAUCUUCCCAACGACCUGCUGGACGGAUUGUUACCGAGUUGGAUUUCCGAUUUCCCUGUCACCGUACCAGCAUCGGCAUAUACACCGGCAGCAACAAUAGCCACUCCCACAACUGUGAAGACUUCCAAACACACGAAGCCAGCCCAUUCCCAGUCCGCGACUUGGACGACCACAGCGCAUCAGGCCUCGGGACAAAACGCCCCAGAGUCAACAAGCGGCAGUGCCGAGGAGACCAGUGAGCCUUCGACCCCGGAGAGUUCCACCACGAGCGCGAGCCAAACAAGCUCCGCAGAGAUCUCUACUACUUCAACUGUUGCGCAAAGCUCAGUUACACCAAUGUCUGACGGUCAGGACGUCUUUGUGCCAUUGGCAACGGGUCCGAUUCCCCAAACCAUCACUGCGCGGAGCGACCACCCAGUGCCGAAGAAAGGGAUUGAGAACAUUACAACCCCCAUCGAGACGAAUAAGUUCUACGCUGGUCUUUUCUUAGGAUCGCAGACCAAUGCCACAUUCACCCACCCAUAUGCCAUCACAUGGGCGAAAGGAAGUGGCAAUGCGCAGAGUUAUGGUAUGGUUGUUUCUCACAACGAGGUCAACGUUGUUGCGAACGGACCGACCAAUGCCAAUAUCCCCGGAAACCCCAUCUCGUACUACGUGAACCCGAUCGGUAUCCAGCAUAUGAUUCUUUCAGCAACUGAACUGAAUAGCUCAACAGUGCUGACGGCCGAGAACCUUUUGCCGUUCUCUGCCGAUGCUGUGUUGUCUCCAUACAGUGGAUCGAGCCAGAGGAUUACCAUCCCUCUAGUGCAGGGCAUGGGCUUCGUGACAGGAAUGUACACCAACCUCCAGCCGCUGAUUCAAAGCAGUGUCUUCUUCAGUAAAGUUGUCACUGCUAGCUCUCCCCGGAUUGGCAUUUACAAAUACAAGAUCACUCUUGCCGAUGGGGGUGAGUGGAUUGUUUAUGCUAUUCCGCAGGAUGGAAAGGAUCCCGACUUCCGCUUGGAGUCCAACACCAACUUCCGUGGCCCUAGCGGAUGGUCGGGUACCAUCCAGAUUACCAAAAACCCAGCAGGCGACUCUGGAGAGAAGCUGCUGGAUGGAUCUUCCGGUGUGUUUGCUUUGGAAGCCGCAGUGUCUGGAUCGGUCCUGAGCGGUAAUGGUACAUACAAUCUGGCAUGGGCCAAGUCAGGGAAGCAGGUGCAGGAGACUCCUCUGUUGAUGUAUGCUCUACCGCAUCACGUCGAGUCGUUUGACAACACUACGAAGAGCCGCAUGACCAGCAUCACGCUGCGGACCACGACCAAGGGUAAUGCAACAGCGGUGGUUGGAGAAACCUGGACAAUGCUUGAGCCGAACCUCCCUACAGACAUGGGCUUCGCUCCGUGGUCGCCAUCUACAGGUAGUGCCAAUAGCCUGAGUGCUGCUGCUCAAAAGGUUAUCCUGGAUGUGGCUCCCACCGAGCUGAACCAGAGCAUUGACCAGCAGACCAAUCUUAACAGCAUGUACUACAGUGGGAAAGGACUGAGCAAGUUUGCAACCCUGGUUUAUGCUGUUAGCAAACUGGGCGGCAAUCCUGAUCUUGCUGCCUCGGCCUUGCAAAAUCUGAAGAAUGCCUUUGCCCUUUUCAUCGACAACAAGCAGCAAUUUCCCUUGGUGUACGACAGCGUCUGGAGGGGCGUGGUGUCUUCUGCAAGCUACGGGGGCGACUCGGGCGCCGACUUUGGAAACACCUACUACAAUGAUCAUCACUUCCACUACGGGUAUUUCAUUCAUGCUGCUGCCAUCAUUGGAGAACUUGAUCCGAGCUGGCUCACCGCCGCCAACAAAGAUUGGGUGAAUAUGCUUGUUCGUGACGCUGGAAACUCUGCAGCAAAUGACCCAUACUUUCCUUUCUCGCGCGCCUUCGAUUGGUACCACGGGCACUCGUGGGCCAAAGGUCUGUUCGAGUCAUAUGAUGGCAAGGAUGAGGAGUCAACCUCCGAGGACACCAUGUUUGCGUACGCCCUCAAGAUGUGGGGAAAGACUAUUGCGGAUGCCAGCAUGGAGGCACGUGGCAACCUGAUGCUGGGAAUUCUACGACGCAGCUUGCACAACUACUUCCUCAUGGAAAGCGACAACAAGAACCAACCGGCGAACUUUAUCGCGAAUAAGGUGACCGGCAUUCUGUUUGAAAACAAGGUUGACCACACCACGUACUUUGGCAGCAACCUGGAGUACAUUCAAGGAAUCCAUAUGUUGCCCCUCCUACCUUCGUCUUCCUACGUGCGGAGACAGAACUUCGUUCAAGAGGAGUGGAAUGCCCUCUUCGCGGCCAAUGCCACUGACCCAGCUUCGGCCGUCACUGGCGGAUGGAAGGGCGUUCUGUAUGCCAACCUGGCCUUGAUUGAUCCUGCAUCCUCAUGGAACUUCUUUGCCCAAUCCAACUUCGACUAUAGCUGGCUAGAUGGUGGAGCGUCACGCACGUGGUAUCUUGCAUUUGCAGCUGGCAUGGGUGGCGGUCCUUGA